AUGUUUCGAACACACAUACCGGGGCAUAACCGCACAGGUGGCCACACUUCCUGGCAUGUGAGCCGAAGCUAUUCCAUACACCUUCUGCCCGGGGGUUUAGUGGAUACUUUCUCAGCAAAUGGCUCGACUGUUUCAUGUCAUGCUGCCGACGUCACGCACUCCGACUUAUCUGCCCCUCGCAGAAAGACGAGAAAACAGCAUGUUGAACCUGUAAACGAGGCUGCAGCCUGGUUGGUGUCUGUAGGCAAGGCCAUUAACCGAACGCAGAACUUGACACAGGAAAUACACGAAAUGUCUCCAUAUGACCUGGUUUGA